UUUUCAUCUGUGUUACUGAUUAUUAGAAGUUUUUAUUUUUUUUUUCUCUCUUCUGAUGCAGGGAGUCCUACAUACGUGAAUGAAUCUUUUGGAUGGGUAAAUGUCAAAGACGUUGCAGAGGCCCAUAUUCUUGCAUAUGAGGUUCCAUCAGCAAGCGGGAGAUAUUGUAUGGUUGAAAGAAUACUGCUUUCUUCGGAAAUUGUGAAGUUGUUGCAUGAGCUGUACCCGGAAUAUCCAGUCCCUCAAAAUUGUGCAGAUGAAAAUCCAUUCCCUUCAACAUAUCAGGUGUCGAAGGAGAAAGCACAGAAGUUGGGAGUCAACUUUACCCCUUUUGAGGUCAGCCUCAAGGAGACAGUGGAGAGCCUGAAGGAGAAGAAAUUCUUCUAAGACGAGAAGUUGAAAUGCACCAUAUAAAAGGUUAUAUAAUGGUUCUUGUCAUCUUCCUCAGUUGUCCUCUUUCCUUUAUUUCUUGGUGUGGAAACCAAGGAGAUGGUUCUCAAAACUGUAUGUCAAGAACAUCAUAUAUACAUUACGAUAAAUUGUUUCAGACAUGAUAAAUAUAUGAUCUUUGGCUUUACCAAGAUGUUUAAAA